AGGAGCCGAUAGGCAGCUUGAACCCCGUCCAGGACCAAGUAAAGAAUCUGGUCGAGGGAGAUCCAUGGGAAAGCGGGGAAAAACAAAGGCAAAGAUGGCUUUCACUUUGUCAGCAAACGAUGUUACCAGGUUGCAGCUGACACACCAACAAAAGAAGGAGCAAUGUGAUGCCUUGGUUGACCGAUUCACUGUUAAAGAAGCGAAGGAUCUCCUUAAGGAGAUUUCAAAGAAGAUGCCAUUCCUCGUCCUUGACGUUGCGGACAAACUGCAGGCUGGUCCACAUUAUACACCGCCCCGGGGCGACUUUCCGGACUGGUGUAUCUGCACACGGUGCAGGCCUAUGGAGACAGUGCAGCAGCAUGUGUGCUGUGGUAUGCGCCCAGAAAUUUGCCAUAGCAUAAAUGCUGAGAUGUUUCUAAUGAUCCUAGAUGCUGGUGUCCUGCGCACUCAGAUGCUGUACAGGAACGAUGUUUUUGCUAGGCAUGCAGCAUCAGAAAAGGAUGUAAACAAGUCAUAUCGACAUGCUGGCUAUCGACAGUACAUCCUAAUUCACCAUGGCCGGCUAGGAUUGGGCGUGAGGCGACCAGUGCCUUCCUGCUGCACCUGGGCCAUACGAGACACCUUCCCUGAUCCUGAUGGAUUCUAUGUUCCAUAUGAACCUUCUUGGUGAAAGACCAGUUCAUUGCAUUUAUAUAAUGUGUUUAUUCGUUGCUAUUUUGUAUAAUAAAUACACUGCCUAUGCGUUGUCAAA